UAAAAUGUCAGUUUUCCCGCUGUGUCAACCUCAUCGUCCUAACUUCCAUGUUCAUUGUCGGUCCAUACACAAAAUUGCGCCUCACUACCUUUGCAAGCAGAUGAUCUUGUCCUCACGUAUUCUUUUCGAUCUCGUCGUGGAUGCUGCUCUUCUAAUCGCAGUAAACGAAACAUACCCUCGGUCGCAGACAUCGGAGCACUUGGCCAGAGUUGAAUGAAGCUGGAAAGCAUCAAUAUUAAGGUCGACUUGAUCAGGCUCUCGAGCACCAAAAAUCAAUCGCUGCAUUCGUCAAGGUCACGGUGGUCAAGUCGUCACUCAUCGUUCCGAUAUGCAACCGAAAUACGACAUCGACACUGUCAACGAAUACAUUAUAAAGCGUAUACCUAUCCCGGUCCGCGACUUUGCUUCCGAUCUUUGUCUCAUCGUUAUCCGUUCCUUCGACGUCAACAUGUCUGCUGCUGAGGUCGAUGAGCUCAAAAGCGAUGUUCCAUCCUCACAGACGUCCUACGGGCUAGGGCAAGAAGUGAAGAUUGGUCUGGAGAUCGUGACAAAUGACACUCAGGGUCGGAACCGUUUUGCAUUUUCGGGAGGACUGAUUGGUAUUCGGACCAAGAUUGACCCUACGCUAUGCAGAGCGGAUCGUCUUGUCGGUCAAGUGUUGGGUGCGAUUGUAAGCUUUCAAAAGUCGAUACUGAACUUGAGAUCAUUUUGUUCCUCCUCUGCCGUUUUCUGGGCCUUCGUCGAAGGUUGUACUGAGGCUGGAGAGGAGGUCGUGCUUCUGACAUGUAUCGAGAAGCAUUGGCGACUUGUAGGCAAGUGUUUCUGUCGACUUAGUAGACUGAUUCGGCACCUCCUUGAUGUGAUCGGAGCUAAUGUACAUAUGUAUUUAACGAGAAAACGGACGGAAUAUAUUACUGAUGAUCAUGGGUAUAAUCAGUAGAAGCACAACGGAAUGACAAAGGAGAUCUUUGAAAGACGAAAAAAGAAACAGGGUAGAUUAAUGAUGACUGUCAGUAUACUCAGAAGAGGA